CUGGGAGUCCCUGGCAUUCUUCAGGGUAUAGUCCAUAUAACAACAGCAUCUACCUAUCCGGAUCCCAUCCUGUGGGCAGCUACCAAGGUGGAAGAGGCAUCCAGAUGCCCAGAACUGCUAGGCUGGAAGACAGUGACCAUCAUCCCUCAGAAGAUGGCAGUGAUUAUGUUGAACUGCUGCGGCAUGCUCAGGAAUGCAGUUCAUGGAUGCUAAUGCUUGCUCGGCGCAGUGCCCAGGCUCUUCUGGAUUAUGCAGUUACUGCUGACCCACGUAUGUUAUUGGCUGUUCAAAGACACCUAGCUGCUUCUCAGGAUGAGAAUGGAGAUACGCCUUUGCACUUAGCUAUUAUUCAUGAGCAGACAGCUGUGAUUGUGCAGCUGGUCCAAGUGGCUGUAAGCAUCCCUAAUCAACAGAUCAUCAACAUCACCAAUCACCUGCAGCAGACACCAUUACACCUGGCUGUGAUCACUCAUCAGCCCAGGGUGGCUGGUUUCUUACUUCAGGCUGGAGCAGACCCAACUUUGCUGGAUCGCUAUGGCAACUCAGUUGUGCAUUUGGCUGUGCAUUUGGAUGACGAAGAGAUGUUGAAGACUCUCCUCUGCCACUUGGGUUCCCAGACUCACUCUCUUCUUGAGAUACCUAACUAUUUUGGCCUUUUCCCUGUGCAUCUUGCUGUGAAGUGCACAAAACCAGCCUGUCUUGAGUUGCUGGUUGAGAAAGGAGCGAAUGUGAAUGCAGCAGAACGGCAGAGUGGACGGACACCUUUACAUCUAGCUGUUGAAAUGGAUAACAUUAACAUGGCUAUAUGUUUGAUGAAGAAGCUGGGGGCUGAUGUGAAUGCUCAGACAUCUGCUGGAAAUACACCCCUUCACUUGGCAGCAGGAUUGGGUUCUCCAAUUCUUACAAAGAUGCUAAUCAGUGCAGGAGCAGAUGUUCUAUGUGAAAAUGAUGAGCCUAUCUUAGCCCCCUCAUCCCAACCAAGCAGUGAUGUUGAGCUGGAGGAAGAGGAAAGGGUCACAGAACUGGGAGAGACUUGUGAUGAACUGACUGAGCAAGGCCUGGAUUGUAUUGCUGAAUUGGAGAACGAGCAGUCCAAUGCACAGGAAACAUAUCAGGGCCGGGGACAUACCGCAUUUGAUUUGACCUGUAGCCAGAAGGUAAGAGAGAUACUACUACAAGCUUCAAAACAAGGUGUUGGAAGGAAGCAGGCUGGUACCUCUUCUGUGUCUAGGCAAGGAAGCAUCCUAUUUCUGAGUAAUGAUGUUCUUCAGAGUCUAGAGAAGCUCUUGAACCAGGGCUGCCAAGGGGCAAAUUGGGCAGAAUUGGCCAAGAAAUUAGGUCUCUGCAGCUUAGUGGAGACGUACAAAGACACAGUUUCCCCCAGCAGAAGACUCCUACUCAGCUAUGAGAUUGCUGGUGGUAGUCUUGAAGGUCUGUUGGAAGCACUUGACUCUAUGGGACUGACAGAGGGCGUGAGGUUACUACAGAGACCAGAGACUUUUGACAAGCUACAAAGUGCAGAGCUGAAGGAAGACAGUGCUUAUGGCAGUCAGUCAGUGGAAGAGGAGCCAGCAGCUCUACUUGGGAAGUUGCAACCUGCCCCAUUGCUGGAACCACCUUCUUCCUUGCCUCACAACCAGCAGGAGCAAGUGCACUGAUACUAGACAAGCAUCAGGAGAAAAUGACUUGGUUGCUUGUGGCAUGUGCCUCUCAGGGUCCAGGAUACUGUCAUCAGCAGAGAAUUGUUGUACAGUGUGGGUCACUCUCAUUUUUCAUCGCCAGUUUGCUGCCUAUAUUGGCCAAGGCCCCAUAAAUGUAGAGAAAUGUGGUUUCUCUUAUUUCAAUACCUUUUAUCAAGCUCUGGCCCAGGCCUGCUCACAUUCUGGAAUUUUUAACUCCCUUCACCUUAUGGUGAGGACUUUCUUGACAGUGGAAGCUGCCUGAUGAAAAAAAUUGGAUUUCAAUAAUCCAUGCAGAUUGGAAUAUUACAAAUUAAUUUGAACAUUCUUUGAAAUACAGCUUUAAUAACUAUCAGCACAAACAUUACUGUUCAUUGGAAUGCUUUUAUCAGUAAUCAGCUUCCACAGACCGCACACCCCCACCCAACAUUUUGGUCCCAGAUAACUGCUUUCUUCUACAUUCCCUCUUCAAUGAAGCUUUCUAUUGCAAAGUGCAUUUGAUGAGGAGAUUUUUAACUCAAUUUACUCUUUAUUGGUGAUGUAGGCUGCCCUGAGUUGUGUGCCAAGUAAGGUGGCUAUAUUCAUUGAUUACAUAAAAUAAACCUGUAUGCAUACCAUUCCAGUGAUGCCACUUCCCCCAAUAAGAAAGACUAACAGUCUUUGCUAAUAGUAGCUCAGAGUUCGAAAUAAUUAUUUUCAAUUUCUUCUGGCAUAUAAAUCUUCUUUGUUCAGAAAAUUAUAAAUUUCAUGACUAGGAAAAAAUGCAAAAUUGCAUAGUAUCUCUUACUUUGUUGCUCACAGUGGUUCUCUUUAGCAGUGUUUUGAUUUGGGAAAGGAAAAGGUAGAGAGAGAGCAAGAUGUUGCAGCAAAAACAAAGCUCUGCCAGAAUGAAAUUUUUAACAUUUAAAAAGUUUCCCUAGUCAGAAGUAUGUGUUGGCAUAAUAAUUUCCCUAGUCAGAAGUGUGUGUUGGCAUAAUAAUGUAGGGCUGGCAAAACUUCCUCAUGUUUGAGUGCCUUUAAAAUUUGGUUGAAAUGAACAUAAGAUUGUAGGAUAGUGAAGGUAAUUGCCAGUUUCUUGUAUUAAUAACAUUCUAUGUGACUAAAAAUAAUUAACAUGUAAAGCCAGAUUACUUUUGUAAGAUGUAUGGAAAUAAUAAUUGUACAUUAUUUUGCAUGCAGAAUCAGAGAUGUGCUGUGCUGAAUAAAAAUUUUCUACCUC